AUGCGCAUGGAUCGGAUCCAUUUUGUAGCGACGGCGUUGUUCGCGCUCGGCUUUGUGCUCGCGGGAUCGGGGUGGUCGUUCGUGCUCUCGACGAUGAUGAAUCAGCGUCCGUCGUGGUCGGUGUGUGGACAGGAGAUGUGCUCGUGUCUCAAGCCGAUUGAUGAUGAGCCGGCGUGUCCGCUCUGUGAAGCGGGAUUGAUGGAUCCUUCUGAGAUGGAUUCGGGUUGUGAUUCGGACAGCGAACCCACGACGCCGACUCGGCGCGUCCCGAAGAACAACGCGUCGAUUGAUGCGCUCGGCGGCGCGGGGACCAAUGUCGCGAUCGCGCUCUUUGUGGGGACGAUGAUCGCUCGCUCGAACGCGGAUCUUGGAUUGGACCCUCAGCGGGUCACGAUCGCGAUCAUCAAUGAUCGAGUUGCGUAUAUGCGAUACCAAUAUCGCGUCCGCGGCGGGUUUACGCUCAUCGAGUUGUUGGUGGUCAUAGCGAUCAUCGCGCUGCUGAUCGGGAUGCUGCUCCCUUCGCUCUCUGGAGCGCGGGACAGCGCACGAUCGGUCAAGUGUCUUGCUUCGAUGCGUUCGCUCGGGAUCGCGAUGAAUCUGUAUCUCGAUGACAACGACGGGGUGUUCCCACGCUCGAAGCACUCGGCGGGGUUCUCAGGCGGUCUCACCUGGGCGCCCCAGAUGUUCGAGUAUCUCACGGAUCAGAGCUUUGAAGGGGAUUCCGAUCUCUGGCAGAGCGAUUCGUGGUGGAGCGCAACCAAUGAGUUCUACAGGUGCGCUCAUGAUCGGAGAGCAAGUCCGAUUGAGCAGCCGGGGCUGCCGUUCUCGACAGCGGCGGUGAGCUACGGGCUGAAUGUGUAUUACGAGCUGCGACGAGAAGAGAUUGAUCCGAGCAGGUCUAUGGGUGAUCGGUUUGAGCCGUAUCGGAAACGAUCGGCGACGCCUCAUCCUUCGAUGACGAUUCUGCUCGGAGAGAUCAAGGACACGCUGAGCGUGGACCACAUCAUGGCUCAUUUCUGGCGCACGCGUGGUGUGCAGGCGGGCUUUGAGGUGGCACACGAUCGGCACGGAGACAACGCGGGAUACCUGAUGCUCGAUGGGCACGCUGCGGCGCGCUCGCUGACUGAGGUGUAUGACGCGGACAACGCGCGGGAUCAGUGGUAUCCCGCGAUGGCACAGUAA